GCAGACACGUCACAGUGGGCGGGGUUACACUACACUCACUUCCGCAUUACUGUACUGAAUAGAUUUAAUAAAACCAGUCGCGUAUGUUGAAGUUUCGGAGUCAGUUUUGCGUUUUGAGUUUUUAUCUCGUAAGCAAAAUUUGUAACCUUUCAUUUUCAUAAAAAGAUUUACAUUAAGUAAUCACAUAAAAAGCGGACGUGAUAUAAUCAGCGUAUUAAAUCAGUGUUUAAUCGUCUUGAAGAGUGACCUGCAUCAUGUUAAAAGCGAUUAUCCUAAUUGGGGGCCCUCAAAAAGGGACCAGGUUCCGCCCCCUGUCAUUUGAGGUGCCCAAACCUCUGUUCCCUGUGGCAGGAGUUCCCAUGCUGCAGCAUCACAUAGAAGCCUGUGCUCAAGUUCCUGAUAUGAAAGAGAUCAUACUAAUAGGUUUUUAUCAGCCCAAUGAUGAGCUGAACCGCUUCAUUUCUUGUGCUCAGCAGGAGUUUAAAAUCCCAAUAAGGUACCUGCAGGAGUUUGCCGCCUUGGGUACAGGUGGCGGGAUCUAUCACUUUCGUGACCAGAUCCUGUCUGGCGGUCCGGCUGCAUUUUUCCUCAUGAAUGCUGAUGUGUGCUCUGAGUUCCCCUUGCGGGAAAUGCUCCGGUUCCACCGCCAGCAUGGCGAGGAUCAUUGCGGAGUCUUACUCGGAACUACAGCCAACAGAACACAAUCUCUGAACUACGGCUGCAUUGUGGAAAAUCAUGAGACAAAUGAGGUGCUCCAUUUUGUGGAGAAACCCAGUACUUUUGUAAGUGACGUUAUCAACUGUGGUAUCUAUUUGUUCACACCAGAUAUAUUUGGUCAGAUUGGGAUGGUUUUCCAGAGGAACCAGCAAGAGAGAAUCCAAGAAGAGCUCACUAAUGGCAAGCAGAUGCCAGAGGUGAUUCGGCUGGAACAGGACAUCUUUACAACCCUAGCAGGACAGAAAAAACUCUUUGUCUACAAAACACAGCAUUUCUGGAGUCAGAUCAAGUCUGCAGGGUCAGCAAUAUAUGCGAGUCGUUUGUACCUCAAGCAGUAUCAUCAGACACAUCCUGAGAGACUGGCAACAAACCAAGACAAAACUCCCAAAAUAAUAGGAGAUGUUUAUAUCCACCCUACAGCAAACAUUGAUCCCUCUGCAGUGUUGGGUCCUAACGUUUCAAUUGGCAAAGGGGUGACGAUUGGAGGAGGCGUAAGAGUGAGGGAGUCCAUCAUUUUACAUGGAGCCGUGUUACAGGACCACUGUUGUGUGUUGAACAGUAUUGUUGGGUGGGACAGUACAGUGGGAAAGUGGGCAAGAGUUGAAGGAACUCCAAGUGAUCCCAAUCCCAAUGAUCCUUAUGCCAAGAUUGACAGCGAGACUCUGUUCAGGGACGGAGGUCUAACCCCAUCCAUCACCAUCCUUGGCUGCAAUGUGAAUAUCCCAUCAGAGGUCAUCAUUCGAAACUCUAUCGUCUUGCCUCAUAAAGAUCUCAACAGGAGCUUCAAAAACCAGAUUAUACUAUAGAAGGCUUCUCUUGUCUUUCUGAAUAAAUGCAGUAUGCAUUGGGUCAUGUAGAAAGUAUAUAGCUUAAAAAUUGCACAAUGUUUAGUGUUCAUGGUUUUUUAAUGUUUAUAUUUUGGUAGUUAUUGUUCAGAGAUAAUGAGUCCAUUUGUGUGAUCAAAUUGUAUUGUAGUAAUAUAGUAUGAUUAAUAUAGUUCAACAAUGGGAUAUUUUCCUGAUUAUUUCAGGACUGGGAAUUUUGUAUUUAACGGCUCACUCUAUGCUGAUGUACCAGCCUUAUCCACAUACAGUAACAUAACACUAGAUUUUACUUUUUAUUUCCUUAAUUACAAAUCACAUAUACCUGUAUUGCCUUUUCAGCAUGACGAGUGAGCAAUGAAGUAUUUUUCUAGAAACUGACAGAUUUGAAAGCACAUUGUUUUGGCAAAGGCUGGAUAUAAGGUUUAGGGUUUUUUUGGUAAUUAUUCCUGUUUUCUGUUACAACCAUUUAUUAAAAUGAUCUCAACCACUGAAA